AUGACAACAAUAAAUCGAAAUAAAGCAAAGUGGAAUGAAUCAGAGAAGAAAUUGUCAUUUGCUUAUCAAGGCUUGGAUUCCAUACCUGAUCAAUUAUUACCAGACGCUAAACAUCUUAUCGAAUAUCUCGAUCUGACUGAGAACAAUUUGGAUGAUCUGCGUUUCCUUAUCGAUUUUUUCAAUCUUCAAACGUUAAUCGUGGAUAAAAAUCGAAUAAAUUCCAAUGUAAAAAUUCCUCGUCUCGACAUGCUCCACACGCUGUGGAUCAAUCAGAAUGAAAUAGCCAACUUGAGCGUAUUUGUUCAAACAUUAGCGAAAAGUUGUCCUCAUUUGAAGUAUCUAAGCAUGAUGAAAAAUCCUGCUGCACCAAGCUUCUUCAACGGCGGUUCGUAUAAACAAUACGUCGACUAUCGAUACUAUGUUAUCAGUCAACUGCCACAUUUGAUCAUGCUCGAUGAUCGGCAAGUGUCACUCGAAGAAAGACAAGAAGCUGAACGGAUAUACGCACCGAUGACGCUGGCGCGAAACGGAAGAUCUUCAGUGAAAAUUCAACGACUGAGUGUACUACCAAAUCCGGAAUAA